AUGCAUAACUGGUUACAGGUUAUCUGCUUGGACGUUCCUGGUGAAACAAUGUUGACAUGGUUACCCCCGUCACCGCCACUGUCCGAUGCUGAGGAUGAUCUUUAUUAUGAUUCAACCGGCGAAUAUUGGUUUGAGCAGUUGCCGAUGGAGGAGUCUCGUCUUCCAGCCACUAUCCAUGAGCUUCAUCGUCCACGACCUCUUGCCGCUCCUGCUUUGACUGCCCUUCCGGAACAGCACCCAUCGGACAUCUCUGUUACAGAAACACGACCAAAACAGAAAUUCCCGGGUACUUCUGCCACAACUGCCGAGAUACCUUUCGCACCUGCUGUGACGAGUGGUACGACCCCGUUACCAGUAGCAGCAUCUUAUGUCUCAUCGGUGUCUCAGGAACGUGAUGCAAUUGACAGUGUGCGAAAGUCGGCACAAAAAGCAUUUUCCGGGCAACGAACACCACACAGUCCGAGCAUCCGCCCGAGUGCGCUUGAACUGUAUAAUAAAGAUCGGGAAGACAUUCCUCGUUCAUAUACGCCACCUCCACGACAGCGGGAAGCGCUGGACUAUGAUGGGUAUGAGUGGAGUAUUGCUGAGGACUACUCCGCUCUUGCUGCCUUAACGGACGUGUCGCAGAUGCCAAAUCAUUUGCGUCCAACGAAAAGCGGUAUAUACUCGAACUGGGACUUUGUAUCAUACUUCCUCGGUGGAAGAUCUGUCGAUGCGAUUUCAUUGCGCAUUUCGGAGCGGCAUGAAACUAAACUUACUGAAUUUGGUGUUCGUUAUCAGUGCAAAGUAUCAGUUUAUCAUGGGGCUGACUGCCAAAGCGAACGUACGGGCAAAUCUCGUGAACAGGACAAGGAACGUGUACGCUUAAGGGACGAAGAGGAGGAAAUGAAAGAUGCUACGGUUUGUUUCUUCUGA